AUGGUCUCCUUGAAACUUACCGCGUUCAUUUCGCUCCUUAUUACCUGUUUUCUCGUCAGUGCCUUCGACGGGGACAAUUAUCAUGUAGACCGCCGUGCGCUCGCAUUCAACGAUGAUUACUUCCCCCGCAAUGACCUUGUCAGGGAGCUCGAGCUCAGGGAGCUUGCCCUUGACAAAAUGCAUGCACGCUACAACAAAUAUCUCGAUCUCAAGCUUAGAGAACUCGAUGGGCUUUAUCGUAAACUUGAAGCACGAAACAAUCGUGCCAACCCCCAACCUCCUCCAGCCCCGCCCCCCCAAUAUCCUCCGCCACCAGGCCCGGCACCCCAGCCACCUCGCGACAGCGGGGCACUCCCUGCUUAUCCAGGUCCAGAAUCCCCCCCACCUCCUCGUCCAGGGAGCCCGCACCCACAGGGGCGCGGGCAAGCACAGACAGGGCAAAGAUUUACUCCGGGCCUUGCACCUAUCGUAGAGCCUGGUCAACAACGUCCGAAUCGUCGAACCUAA